AUGAGUGUCUGUUUACUCAGAGAGUUUAUCUGAAACUACAGUGAGUGUGAGGAUUUCUGCUGAACUGAGCUGGAUGUGCACAACACUGCGGAGACAUGAGUAAUCUGUGCACUGUGGUUCUGCUGGUCCUGAUCCAUCUGUACUCUAGCAUCUGCUGUCCUGAGCCCUGCCAGUGCUUCUCCGGCUCCAAACUGGUGUGUUCUGAUGACAGGAUGAGGAGUUUACCUGUUAACAUCUCCACGCAGGUGCGAGAGCUGAUCGUGGUGGCCUCGGGGAUUCCAGAUCUGGACCAGCAGUCAUUUCCAGAGACCCUCAGACUCUCAAAGCUGGUGUUUCUGAACGGCAUGUUGAAAAGUGUGUCCGGCGCGGCCUUCGAGCGUCUGGCGGAGAUACAGGAGCUGGAGAUCAGCGGGAACGCCUGCUGGAUGAGCCUCGAUAUUCAGGCCUUCAGCUCGCUGGCCAACCUGACCCGACUCCUGCUUAACAAUAAUAAGCUCAGUGGUGUGGACGCAGGUCUGUUCCACUCUCUGCAGAAGCUGGAGACGCUGCAGCUCAGAGGGAAUGGCUUGUCUCUCCUCUCCGAUCGGCUGUUCCAGCGGCUUCAACAUCUGCAGGAGCUGGACCUGUCCUUCAACCAGAUCGGCUCACUCUCCGCUGGGCUUUUCCAGAAUAACUCUGAGCUCCGAGUGCUGUCACUGCAGGCCAACAAGAUCCCACACCUGCCGGACAACGUCUUCACACACCUGGAUCACCUGGAGGAGCUGAACCUGCGGAGCAACCUCAUCCGGGUGCUGACUCCCGAGGCCUUCCCGUCAGGACUAAAGACGCUGAUCCUCAAGAAAAACUCGCUGGAGAAGCUGACCAACACUAUCUUUCACACACUACACUACAUCACUUAUCUGGACCUGUCUCAGAAUUUACUCACUGAAGUCCCUGCGGAUCUCUUCCAGAAUCUGAUCUCACUGGAAACACUCGAUCUGUCCGAGAACCGGAUUUCCACGCUGGCCGGAUCUGUCUUUAAAGGUUUGUUCAGUAUUAAAUCUGUGUAUCUGCAGAAGAACAGUCUGACCUCUCUGGAUGCACAUCUCCUGAAGGACCAGCAUGACCUGCAGCUUCUCGACCUGUCCAACAAUAGCUUACGGAGCAUCCCGAGCAGCUUCUUUGAGGAUCUGGACUUCCAGUGUGUGUUUCAGCUGCACGGGAACCCCUGGCGCUGUGACUGCGGGAUACACUACUUCUAUGACUGGCUGAAGUACAACCACAAACACGUGAAGGAUCUGUCCAGGGUCUCCUGUGAAGCUCCUGAGUUUAUUCGAGGACACAAUCUGAGGUCUGUGGAUAAGGAGCAGCUGGUCUGUUCCAGAAACUCCAGCUCAAACUCUCCAGAGAUCUCUGUUGAUGGAGGUACGAUCCAGUGCUCGGUGCAGGAGCUCAAAGGCACGGCAUCCAUUCAGUGUAAGGUCACGAAAUGCACCAAUGUGAAGUUUCAGGCUGUUUUUCAGUUUGCGAAUGGAAAUGAGUCUGAAAGAGUUGUGAGUAAAGAAUGGCCAGCACCUUUAGGAUGCUCCACCGGGACUGCUUAGUGCUUUUGUUCAACAGUGCAACUGUUAAGAGCCCUUGAUCAGCUUCUGCUUCAGCUGUACAGAUGUGUGUGUGUGUGUGUGU